CGCCGCGGACACGCGCUCAUUAAAGCCCUCUGACAGUCAGCCUCAACGCGACUUUCUGUCUGUGUUUCUCCUCUCAGAGACUUUAAAAGACUCUGUCUCGUCGCGUGUGGAUACAUGGAUCUCUCUGUGAUCGUGCUGUUGUCUUUGUGCGGGUUUCUGCGGGGCCAAGAGACCACAGAUCCCAUCUCGCUGGAUGACUGCUGUAAGGAUGGCAAAGAAAGAGGCCAGGAGUCCCAGGACUGCACGAGUCUGCCUCUUAUCUCCGAGUCCACCACCUGCAGGAUCGCUCAGGAACAGUGCUGUACUGCGGUUCUUGAAGACAACAUAUGCACCAGCGGCAUCAAUAUGGCGAAGGACCAGGGCAGCUGUGACGCCCUCCUGUCCAGCAGCACGUGUGAAACCAAGACGGCGAAGACGUGCUGUGAGUGCUGUCUGCUCGGCCGGGCGGCCCAGGAGCGAGGUUUGUCAUGUGACCUCACCCUCGCCGUGUGGUAUCAGUGCGGUCUGGUGUCCCGCGCCUGCUGUGUGGACCGAUCGCCCAACAGCGACGGGAAGCCUGCACCGGAAUUACCAUCGCAGGGUGAUGCACAAAACACAGAGGAGCAGUGCAAAGCUGCCGGUUGCUCUCAGAGUUGUGUUAACGGCUCUUGUACCUGUUCGGUCGGAUACAAGCUGAAGGCGGACAGGAAAACCUGCGAAGACAUAAACGAGUGUUUGCUGGGCUCUCAUCAGUGCAGCGGGGGCGAGCGCUGCAUCAACACGCUGGGAUCGUUUCGCUGUCAGAGGGUCAUCAGCUGCGGGACAGGCUACGAACUCACCGACAACAACAAGUGUGAAGACAUUGACGAGUGUGAAACCAGCACUCAUAACUGCGGAGCUGAGCUGGAGUGUCAGAACACAGUCGGCUCGUUCCGCUGCCGUCCCAGAAUGCAGUGCGGCGUGGGAUUCAUCCAGGACGCUCUCGGGAGCUGCAUCGAUAUCAACGAGUGUUUGAGCGUGACAGGACCGUGUCCGUCGGGUCACAUGUGCUUCAACACGGUGGGCUCCUACACCUGCCAGAGACACUCGGUGACCUGUGGACGAGGAUAUCACCUGAACGCCGACGGCUCUCGCUGCGUGGAUAUCGACGAGUGUGCGGGACCUGAUAACUCCUGUGACGGUCACGGCUGUAUUAAUCUGGUGGGCUCGUUCCGCUGUGAAUGCAGGGCCGGCUUCAUCUUCAACAGCAUCAGCAGAUCCUGUGAGGACAUCAAUGAAUGCAGGAAUUAUCCUGGACGUCUGUGUGCACACAAGUGUGAAAACAUCCUGGGCUCCUACAAGUGCAGCUGCACCAUGGGCUUCAAGCUGUCCGCCGACGGGAGGAACUGCGACGACCUCAACGAGUGCGAGAGCAGCCCGUGCAGUCAGGAGUGUGCGAAUGUGUACGGCUCCUACCAGUGCUACUGCCGCCGCGGAUAUCAGCUGAGCGACGUGGACGGCAUCACCUGUGAAGACAUCGAUGAGUGUGCGCUGCCCACUGGUGGACACAUCUGCUCCUACCGCUGCCACAACACCCCGGGGAGCUUCCACUGCACCUGUCCCAUCACAGGAUACGCCCUCGCCCCAAACGGACGCAGCUGCCAGGAUAUCGAUGAGUGUGUAACCAGUACUCACAGCUGCAGCGAAUCAGAGAGCUGCUUCAACAUUCAGGGCGGAUAUAAAUGCCUGAACUUCGACUGUCCGGCCAACUACAGACGCUCAGGAGACACUCGCUGUGAGCGCUUGCCUUGUAAUCAGACUAGCGAGUGUCUGGCCUUGCCUGUGAGAAUUACCUACUACCACCUGACAUUCCCCACCAAAAUCCCCAUUCCCACCAACAUCUUCCGCAUGGGCCCGUCCAACUCGGCGCUCGGGGACGACAUCGAGGUGGCCAUCGUGGACGGUAACCAGGGAGGCUACUUCGCCGCCAAACGCGUGGAGCACGGCGGCAUCCUGGUGGUCCAGAAACCCAUCGCGCUUCCUCAGGACUUUGAGAUCUCUCUGGAGAUGAAGCUUAGGCGAUUCGGACACCUUAGCGUUUACCUCUUCAAGAUCCGCUUGUUCGUAACCCCGGACGAGCUGAGCCACGUCAGCGAAUGAAACCGCGUCAUGCUUGAUUAGCUGCAUCCAUGUGCCCUGGGUAUCAAGUCCUUCUGGAAAGAUCCCACUUACUCAAGUAGAAAUUAGUGUUAGCAUGUGAUCGAGUGAUUUUGGUCCGAAUGUAAUCGAUGCAACAAAUGAAGAGCAAAUAAUGAGUGUUUAGUUUGAAAUCAGUGGCUUGUUAAUUGCAUCCUUUUUGUCCAGCCUUUUAUGAAUUAUGACCAAUACAGUUCAGGGUUAUUAUCGCAAAAUCGAUAUAUUUUUUAACCAUUUUGUUGAUUGAAAUAGAGUGGAAAUAAAAUAAAUAAAUAAAAAAAUACAUAAAAAAUUUAAAUGAGAUAUGUUGCAUUGGAAUGCAUUGAAGCAGUAAAAUGAAUAUCUGGAAAAUAAACAAUAACUAAAACUCACACUAGAAUUGAAAUUUCAAUUCAGUAAUAUUAUAAAUUAUAAUAAAAAUGAACCAAAUUUUUACAAUGAUAUAAAUUAGAAUGUAAAAUAAAAGAUAAUUAAUAUAAAUGAUACAAUAAUACUAAAAUAACACUGAUACUGAUUUGUUUCUCACUGUGAACUGAUCAUUUCCUAAGCUCCGCCCCCCCUUGGUUACUGUUGCUAACGCUGAUGUCAUGCAGAAUGUCUCACAGGAAUGAACUGAAGAGUUCCUUGAUGAAGCAGGAAUAAAAAUAAGUAAAACAAUAGUUUCAUUAAAAUAUGCACAUACAAUGAUUAAAUAAAAUCUAAUAAAUAAAAAGAAAUCUAGUUUUUCGGGAAAAUAUCCUCAUACAGUGGUUAAAAUAUUUGCAAUAAAAAAUACUAAUUCAGUAAAAUAUGCAAAAAGUGUUUGCAAUAAACCAAACAAACAAACAAACAAACUAGUUUUUCAGUGAAAUAUGCAUAAAAUUGUUUAUGAAUGCAAUAAAAUUCUACAUUGCACAAAAUAUGCACAAUAAGUGGUAAACAAAAAUAGAUUUUCUGUGAAAAAUGCACAUUAAGUGUUAAUAAUUGCAACAAAAUAUUACAAUUUCAGUAAAAUAUGCACAAAGUGGUUAAAAAUAAGUUAUAAUAAAUUAAAAACAGAUCUUCAGAAAAUUCGCUAUUCUAUACUACACUAUGUUACAUUCAUAAAUGUGAAAAAAAAGAUUUUAUGUGAAAUAUAAAGUUGUUAAAAAUUGAUUUUCAGUAAAAUAUUUAUAAACCAUGUCAUAAACUGCAAUACAUUUAAAAAAUAAAAAAAAUAUAUAUAUAAUUAUAUAAUUAAAAUAUAUAUAAUUAAAAAUUCUGUUAAAUUAUUGGUUAAAAUAUCUGUGUCUUCAGUAUGAUAUGCUCAUCAAUUGGUAGAAAUUAAUACUUAAGAAAUCUGUUUACUUAUCGCACAGUAAAAUAAAUAUCUGCACAGCAACAGUUGCUAGGGUGGCAUCCUCUGGUGAAUGUGAUGGAGCCGUUGAGACUUGAAGGCAACAUUAUUCUGCAGUGUAACCACAGAUCCUCAGGUGUGUCAUGUAUCAGACCUGCUGUUCAGUAUAUACUGUAAUCACUGUAGUCUGUGACUGUGAUCAGAUCUCCGAGUCAUCGGUGUCCUGGACCACUAGAGGGCGCUUUUAGGCAAAGCAAAUCAACACAUCAAUAUAUCCUAAGAAUUUUUAUUAUUCUAUUAUUUUUAGUCCUUCAUUUUCUAAUAAAAUUUUACUGACUGUA